GCGGGCGCCCGGGGGCGGAGGACCCAGGAGGCGGGAGGCGCUGGGCCGUUUAAGUGGCCUUCCUCCCGCCCCCAGCCGCCCGGUUUGGCCCCGGCUGCGUCCCGACCCCCAGCCUGGCCCACUCAGGUCCUGCCCCACCGAGCGGUCCGCCGGGCACACGGCGGUCUCCGGAGCAACACAAGCCCAUGAGGGCCGCGCGCCCUGCCGCCGGCGCUGACGAGACGGAGCUCCCGGGCCCGAAGGAGGAGCAGAGGAUCAAUGCGGUUCCAGAAUCGUUUCCAGCGGUUCAUGAACCACCGGGCCCCAGCCAAUGGCCGCUACAAACCAACUUGCUACGAACAUGCUGCUAACUGUUACACACAUGCAUUCCUCAUUGUUCCGGCCAUCGUGGGCAGUGCCCUCCUCCACCGGCUGUCUGACGACUGCUGGGAAAAGAUAACAGCAUGGAUUUAUGGAAUGGGCCUCUGUGCCCUCUUCAUCGUUUCCACAGUAUUUCACAUUGUAUCAUGGAAAAAGAGCCACUUAAGGUUAAAUCUCCGUGAACUUGGACCCCUGGCAUCUCAUAUGCGUUGGUUUAUCUGGCUCAUGGCAGCUGGAGGAACCAUUUAUGUAUUUCUCUACCAUGAAAAGUAUAAGGUGGUUGAGCUCUUUUUCUACCUUACAAUGGGGUUUUCUCCAGCCUUGGUGGUGACUUCAAUGAAUAACACUGACGGACUCCACGAACUUGCCUGUGGGGGCUUAAUUUAUUGCCUGGGAGUUGUAUUCUUCAAGAGCGAUGGCAUCAUUCCAUUUGCCCAUGCCAUCUGGCACCUGUUUGUGGCCACGGCAGCUGCAGUGCAUUACUAUGCCAUUUGGAAAUAUCUUUACCGAAGCCCUACAGACUUUAUGCGACAUUUAUGACCAAUCUGUACUAGGUCUCCAAACCAGUAUUAUUUCAAUUAUGGCACUUAAAAGAGUGAGGUCAGACCUGAAAACUGCACGGAGGAAAAAACAACAAAGAAGACAACUGCACUGACUUUCUUUAUAUCUUUUGAAUAUAAUUACUGUGAAAGUACAAAAGCUGUGUUCUGGAGUUUUCCCCCUCACAGCAAAUAAGUAAAGUUGUGACUUAAUUAUUCAUUCCAUUCCACUAUUAUGAAGGACUCUGGAUAGGCUUGGCCAGCUGAUGUUUACAAACCAGAAUUUUGUAUUUUAAUUUUACAGAUUUUACUACAUGAUUUUUCUAAAUUACCAGGUCAGGUUGUAAAAGUCAGUGCAAUAACAAAACUUCCUUUUUAAGAGAAAAUGAUUUCUAUCACUUUCCCAUUAGCCGUGUAAAGAAUCAUGGACAGAACUUACACUACUUUUUACCAUGUUUCAUCUUGGCAUAACGUGGUUAUUUUUUAAAAUAGAAACUUCAGUUUUUUGUAAAUUUUUUAAAAAAAUAAUUCAUUGAAGCGCAUCUCUGCGGUUCCUCAUUCAUGUGAAUUUUUGCAGCAAGCUGUCAACAUUCCACAAGAGAACAAACAUUAUACCUCUUCUGAUAGUUUUGUGAAGCAUGGAGAAAUUGCCAAUUUUUAAAAACUGCAAGUUUUCCAAAACUUUUCUGCCAACCUCUGACUCCGAAUUCCGUGCUGCUUUGGGUCAUAUACUUGACCUAGUUAGGUGUCCCAGUGAUGGAAAAGUAUUUUGAUAUAAACUUUUUCAAAAGAUUCAACCUUUUCUCUAUGCCUUUGCCAUGUUUUCUUCAGGGUCUUUUCUCAACAGCGGAUGCCUAUUCAGUCUGUAUUAGAGUAUUGUUGGAUUGGCCAUCCAUAGAAAACUCCUGAAGAGCAUUCUGAUUACAGAGAAUAGUGGUCAUGCCUGUUUGGUGCCUAAUGGUUAAGUCAUUGUCACUUAGCUGUACAUUAUCAGUUUGAUAUUCAUUUUAAAUUGUGGAACUAGAUGCAUAAAUUCACAUUUCUACCUUUCCUUUGCAUUUCUUGAUAUACUUUUUUCUUUUUCAUAAAAAAAAAUAUUUAAAGCCUUGUUUGGCAGAUAAAAACUCAUGUGCCUGUAGUCCAUGGGUUGUAUCCUGACUCAGUGGAGUGGUAUUUAAUAUGUUGUUUUUGGUUUUCCCUCAGUGUCUUAUAUUAAGAUUAACAUAUCAGUUGCUUUGUUGGUUAAUCUCCUGGUGGUGUUUUAAUAAAUGAGAUAACCUUGCCUUUAUAUCAGGUGCUGAUAGCCUGUUUUCCAGUAAUGGGUUUGAUCAUUGGACUUGUUGGCUUGACAGUAUAUCAAAUUCAAUUAAUUGAAAUAUUGUACUGAUGUGGCUUUAAAUGAGGGUUUAUUUUGUGUGUGUGUUUAGAAAUCUCUGACUUUGGUAAAUUACAUGGGAAAGAAGAACAGAAGAACUGCUUUUUUGCUGGUGAAUUCUUAAAUAGGCAAGGUACCCAGUCAUAACACCGUCCAGACCACCCCUUCUGCAUGAUUCUGAACAUCUGGAUGCCUGUUGUUUUAUUGUGUAUAUUUAAUUUUUAAUAUAUUAACUUUUGUGGAUUCAUUUGAAGUCUGCUCUAAAGUAACACUGUCAAAAACCACUAAAAUGUAUAUAAAAAAUUGUGCUGUAGACUAAAAUAAAAUUGUUACUUGGAUUUGUU